AUAUCUCUGUCAUUUUUCAUCGACUGGAAAAAUCCUCGGCACACAUGCGGCGGAGGGGGGCUCUGAGCGAGGUGGCCAAAAAUGACGGCCUUAGGUGAUGGCGUUCUCUCAGAAAUCGCAGCACAGGUGGCCAAAACCGGUCAAGAACAGACUUUUAGUAAUAUAGAGAUAGAGAUAUGGACACAUUGAUCUGUUUUGUAGUAAAUGCCUAUUAUGUGUGCUGAAGCAAAGCAAGAAUUUCAUUGUCCUAUCAGGGACACAUGACAAUAUACUCACUUGAACUUGAGUCGAGUUUAUUGCCAUAUGCACAAGUGAGAUGAGUUCAGAUACAAUAAAAAUCUUGUAGCAACAUCACUCAGACCACACACUAAGCAAAUUAUACAACAUUUUCUAAAAGGAUACAUGUGCCAAAAAACACAAGAAAUUGCUUUACGCAUAUUAUUCGCUAUCACAAAAGAUUGUGUGGGGCCAAGUCAUCGAAUGUAUUUAAGAGAGAUAGCUUGAUUUCUGGACACAAAAGGUGGCGCAAUAACUUAAUAAAUAGAAAAUAGAAAAAGGAGAUGCCAAAUAUCCGAAAUUAAAAAAGAGCAAAUUCUGGAAACAUUCAUUAGGUCGGGAAGCAAAAUUUUCUUGGCGUCAGAACCAAAGAUCUAAGAUCUUUGGUCAGAACCAAUAAAGAGAGAGAACAGGUUAGCUUUAAGUUGCAAUAAGGAUGAGAGAAGGAGAGGACAAAGAAAAGAUUUCUCACAAGGUGAGGCCAGGGUUGCAAAGGGGAUGUGUGUUGAUAUGUCAUUAAAAAGGCCACCUGGUUAUGUUUUUUAUUUCAAUUUUUCAGCGUCUGCAAUUAUUUUUAUUAUUAAGAAGAGUUUAACAGGAAAAUAUAUUGAGGUGUUGUUCAAAAUUAAGUAACUAAUCGAUUUUAGCCCAAAGGAUUUGGAGCUUGAUUUUGUCAGUCACCUUUCGAACCCUCGUGUGUUUCCGGCACGGCUCGGCUAUUUCCGCCUCCUCGGUCCUUUGACACUUCGUGCACUUUCGGUCCCGCUCGACAAACUGCGGCGUUGCUUCCUGUCUGGCUGGUUGUUACGAAUUGGACUGAAUUUGAUAAUGUGAAUAUGGCAGUCUACUUUGAUCAUCGAAUUGAGGCACCCUCUACCGUGGGCUCCCCAUCAGAGAUCGCUUGGCAUCAUGUCCAUCCUUUGCUGGCAGUAGCUUCUAUCGGUACCAAUAGCACACCAGCAGGCAGUGUGGAUGUAUAUCUCGAACAGGGGGAACACAUUCCCAAUGCACACAUUGACCGUCCCUUCCAGCCAGGACUCAUCAGAUGGCAUCCUUCCAAGAGGAUUCUGGCAGUUGGUUGGCAGACAGGAGUGGUGAUAUUUUGGUCUGAUCAUGGUUGGGACGAACACCAGAUAGCAGGGGGAAUGCACCGAGCUGAGAUCACCAUCUUAGAAUGGAGCAAUGACGGCACUCGGCUGCUCUCUGCUGAUAAGGCUGGAGUUCUGAUGGUGUGGAGGGUGGACCAACAUGGACGAGUACAAGGAGCACCACUUGGUAAACAGGACUAUGGCAAGCACCUUGUCCACUGCAUCUUCAAACCGCCAGCCCCAGGGGAGGACCUGGUACAAUUGGCCAAAGCAGCCGUAAGUGGGGAUGAGAAUGCUUUGGAUAUGUUUAACUGGAGGAAGGUUGGAAAGGGAGACGCACCAUUUAAAGUCGGACUUCAGGAAGGAAUCGUGUGCUUUGUCACUACCACAGAUGGGAUCGUGUACUAUGUUGGUGAGAAAGGGAAGAGCAUACAAGUCCUCCGCACUGAUGGGCCCAUCAGGAAGCUCAUGUACAUGGAGGAGAAGGAGAUCCUGAUGAUUGUGACUGAGGCACUCUUCCUGUCACAGCACCGCAUUGGGCCUGAUGGAACAAGUCAAGAGCUGAUGAAGGUUAAGUUGAGUGGAAAGACAGGUCAAACUGCUGAUAUUAUCUGGGCAGAGAGAGAGCUCCUUAUCACAGCGUCAGGAGAGACGGUUGUUAGACUCUGGGAUUUGGAUAGAGAUGAAAAUUAUGCCCUCACACUGGAUGAACACCUGGGGUUUAGCACUGGCGAAAGCAUCAAUUGUAUCUCCUACUGUGAAAGUAAAGGCAUCCUAGCAGCUGGCACCAGUAAAGGACAGAUUGCCAUGUGGCGAAGAGCUGUCGUCAGCAAUAUCGGUGGUUCCAGCAUUCAGGGGAAGGACCGAUGGAAACUGCAGGCCCCAAUUGAUCUUGAAGGAAUUAUAAUACAGCUGAAGUGGGGCUCCAGUAAGAACCUUCUCUCGGUGAACAGUGCUGGCACCGUUCUCAUCCUCAGCGAGCAGAUGAUGUCCGCUCACUUCAACCAGCAAGUCGCAGCAGUACAGGUGGCUCCCAACCAGCUCAGCGUCAGCUUCUUCUCAUCCGGAAACCAUCAGAUGCUGCGAGCGGACAUACACGUCAAAGGGGUUUAUGUCACCAAGGAGAUGGUAGUGGUGUGGAAUGGGAAACAUAUCAGUGUUUUUGAACAGUUUGGACCGUCACUGAGGAAUGCAGGCUCAUUUCCCUGUGAUUCUUCCAUUGUGGUUGUCCACGAAGAGAGUAUUUACACUGUGGAGCCGAACCGUGUGCAAGUUCGCACUCUGCAGGGCACAGUUAAGCAGCUGCUUGUGUUCAGUGAGACUGAGGGCAACCCAUGUCAUCUUCAGAUCUGUGGCAACUUCCUGGCGGUGGGGACAGACAAAGCUCAUGUGAAAGUCUUCGAUCUGUCCCGCAGGGAAGCAAAGCCUCACAGCAACGCUAAGAACUUGGCAGAGCACAUCCCUAGUUUUGGGAGCAUCACAUCGGUGAAGUGCAGCUUCAAUGGUAAUAACGUCAGCAUUCUUAUCAAAAACACAAGCGGCAGCCCAGAUUCCAAGGUCUUUUUCUAUGAUGUGGAGACGGACACUAUAAAUUACUUUGACUUUGAAAUUGGCAAAGCAAGCAGUGAAAACUGUUCCGUGUUUCACUUGGAAGAGAAUGAAGUGGAAAAAGGACGUUCUGAGAUGCGAGAGCUGAUGGGACGAUACCCAGUCAGUCAUUUCUGGGACCAGAAUGAACCAAAACUGUUUGUGUGCGAGGCAGCUGUGGCUGCCUCAAAGACACGGCAGUCAAACGUUACUGCCGGCUCGGAGAGCAUCUCCACAGAGUACAAGGUGGAUGUUAUGGUGGCAUCGUUCUUCAGUACACAGGAACAUGGCCUCUUGCUGCAAGACAGCUUCCCCAAGAUAGAAUCCCAUGAGGCCCUGCUGGGCUUGGAGGUCCCAUAUUAUUAUUUUUCGAAGAAGUCAGGAGAGACUGAGAAUGACGCAGAAUUGAUGUCUGGAACUACUUCGGUUCCACAAGUAGUGGCCAGGCGACCCCUGCGAGACUUUGUUGGGCUGGAGGAUUGUGACAAGACGACGCGCGAUGCUAUGCUGAACUUCAGCUUGUAUUUAACCAUAGGGGACAUGGACGAGGCUUUCAAAUCUAUCAAACUCAUCAAGAGUGAGACAGUGUGGGAGAACAUGGCCAGGAUGUGCGUGAAGACACGGAGGCUGGAUGUGGCCAGGGUGUGCCUGGGGAAUAUGGGCCACGCACGGGGAGCCAGAGCCCUGCGGGAGGCUGCACAGGAGCCUGAACUGGAUGCAAGAGUGGCAAUGCUGGCCAUACAGCUGGGAAUGUUGGAAGACGCCGAGAGACUUUACAGAAACUGUAAACGGUUUGACCUACUUACCAAAUUUUACCAAGCCUCAGGACAGUGGCAGAAGGCGAUAGAAAAUGCUGAGACAUUUGACAGAGUCCACCUCAGAACAACGUACUACAAUUACGCCAAGCACUUAGAAGCUCUGGGCGAUCAACACCUCGCACUCAGCCAUUAUGAAAAGUCAGACACUCACCGUUUUGAGGUACCGAGGAUGCUUCUGGAAGACCUGCAAGCACUCGAAGUGUACGUCAACAAAACAAAGGACAGGAGCUUGUGGAAGUGGUGGGCCCAGUACUUGGAAAGUCAGGCAGACAUGGACUCUGCUUUGAAAUAUUACGAGAAGUCACAAGACUACCUCUCUCUUGUCCGUGUUCAUUGUUACCUUGGUAAUAUCCAAAAGGCCUCUGAAAUUGCCAAUGAGACAGGGAACCAAGCGGCUUCCUAUCACCUGGCUCGCCAGUACGAGGCUCGGGAUGAUGUCAAACAAGCCAUUCACUUCUACACCCGUGCACAGGCUUAUAACAACGCAAUACGUCUCUGCAAGGAAAGUGGUUUUGAUGAUCAUCUGAUGAAUUUGUCCCUCCUGAGCUCCCCAGAGGACAUGAUGGAGGCAGCACGUUACUACGAGGAGAAAGGGGUCCAAAUGGACCGGGCUGUGAUGCUCUAUCAUAAGAGCGGCCACUUCUCCAAAGCCGUGGAGUUGGCCUUUGCUACGCAGCAGUUCGGUGCUCUGCAGCUCAUUGCUGAGGAGUUGGAUGAGAACUCCGACCCUGCCCUGUUGUCCCGCUGCUCGGACUUCUUCAUUGAGCACAGCCAGUUCGAGAAGGCGGUGGAGUUGUUGGUCACUGCAAAGAAGUAUCACGAGGCCCUACAGCUCUGCCUGGAACAGAACCUGACAAUCACCGAGGACAUGGCGGAGAAAAUGACGGUGUCGAAGGACUCCACGGGGCUGUCGGACGACUUCCGGCGGGAGCUACUGGAGCGCAUCGCUGACUGUUGCCUGCGGCAGGGGAACUACCACCUGGCAACCAAGAAAUACACACAGGCCGGCAACAAGGCCAAGGCAAUGAGGGCACUGCUGAAAUCAGGAGACACAGAAAAGAUUGUCUUCUUCACUGGAGUAUCUCGUCAAAGGGAGAUUUACAUAAUGGCAGCAAAUUACCUGCAGUCGUUAGACUGGCGGAGAGAUCCAGAAAUCAUGAAAAAUAUCAUCAGCUUCUACACCAAGGGUCGGUCGCUGGACUUGCUGGCUGGGUUUUACGAUGCUUGUGCACAGGUGGAGGUGGAUGAGUACCAGAACUAUGAGAAAGCGCUGGGGGCGCUGACUGAAGCCUACAAGUGCCUGACCAAAGCCAAAAUGCGGAACCAAGGAGAGCAGGAGGAGCGGCUGGAGCAGCUACAGAACAAGCUGACCACAGUGAAGAAAUUUGUGCAGGUCAGAAGGCUCUAUGAAGAAGACCCGAAAGAAGCUUUGAAGCAAUGUCAGAUUCUGCUGGAGGAGUCCGACCUGGACCAAGCUGUGAGGAGCGGUGAUGUCUAUGCGCUCCUGGUAGAACAUCACGCACAGCAGGGCAAUUAUGAGGUGGCCUACAAGUAUAUGGAGGAGAUGGCAGCCAAACUUCCCUCUGGCAACGUGGGCUUCUACAUCAACCAACAAGUGACUGAAGCCAUUUACAAGGCAGUGGGUGCUCCACUAAAGAUCAUUGGGGUGCAAAGGGCUCGGCACAGCAGUGGGGAAGAUGGAGGCGAGGUGGAGGAGGAGGUUGCUGAGGAGCCUUACAACGAUCCUGAGGACUGAUCGUAUGUUUGAGCACAUUUCAUCUUUGUACUGAGCUGUUGCAACCGCCUUGGACAUACGAACCGUGGUGCAACUCCGGUAAACCGGCCCCGCCGUGGGUGGAUCUACACCGAACGUGGCUCUCUCUGCUUCUGUGACACUGUGCCGUUAGCCCACACUACAGGAGCCUUGCCUCUGGGUCACAUGGUGCAGCUAUCUAUUAAAUCAUACAGCAUUGCAUUGGGUUUAUCACUGCAAGGCUGGCAGGUGCUGUGAGGGCGUGCGUCUCUUGUCGGCUGGGAGAACCAUGCCUCUGCUCGUCUCUGCCCAUAAGCUUGAGAGUGAUCAGUAACUGAUGGCAGCGGCCAGGCACAACCCUGCUCCACACUGCAACCUGCUGGCCACUCUUGGUAACCCGGCCAGCGAAACCCACAGACGCCCAGCGGGCAGGGACUGCUCCUGUUAAAUAUUUGUGACCGACUCGAAACCAAAGUUUAUAGUUUCAAAUGAUCCUCAACUCUGUUCUUAUCAGAUUUAUUAUAUAUAGUGUGUGCUAAAGUAGUUUAAAGUAAAUUAUUUAACAUGUUUUAUUAAUAUUUAAUAUUCAGAUAUGUAAUGUCAUUUUUACCACUUCCUGGAACAAAU